GAAGCUGUGCUUUAAAUUUGAUGCACCCUGUCCUCAUCACCUCUCCUCUGCUUUCCCGCUGCUCUCUGGUCUUGUGCCCUGUGCGUGUCCUCGUUUCUCAUGCCUAUCAAAUCCACAAGCUCACACAUAGGCCAACGCGCCCACCAAACAAAGUCUUCUACUGGGGUUCUUUCUGGAACUUGCAGUUCCCUGACAGUAGAUUAUCUUGUACCUCUUGGCUAUUUUAUCUUGGCGAGGUAGCCGGUGGAAGCUGUGCUUCCGGAAGCUCCAUGGCUACUGUGGGAGAAAGCUCUUCGGCUGCGGCAACAUCCAAGCCAGUAGUGGUUAGGGUCAAACGAAAAUCAUUUCAGUCACCAAUUGACGCUUUCUGGCUGGAAAUCAAUGAGAGGCCAUUAAAGCGCCCUCUGGUGGAUUUUGCGAAUCUAUCUAUCUCGGAUAGCAACACUCAGAAAGAGGAAUUGAAUACCAAGAAGGUUUUUGUUCAACAUGUGGAGACAAUAAGCGUCCCUGAGGUUACCUUUGAUGUUGUGCAAUUCUUUGUGGAAUCUGGUUCUAAUGGUGCAUGUGAAUGUAAAUCAAAACUGGUGGAACGUAAAGAGUUAUUCAAGAAGGGCAAUAAACAAGACCAGCUGUUGCUUAAAGCUAAAGAAAAGCAUGAGUCUACUGCAAAAAAUGCCCGAUUUGAACAAAUAUGGAAGAGCAGGAGGGGAAACAAGGAAUCAGUGCAUGCCAAAGAAUUACAAGAAAUAUGCCAGUUCUAUGAUAUUGUCCGUGUUGAUGAAGAGAAAAAUAACAAGGCACAGCAAGAACAUAUGUCCUUGGAGGAUCAAAGACUUUUGUGUAGUUACCUCCCUUUACUAAGAGAGUUUAUUCCUAAUGCUGCUGCAGAAAUUGAAUCCGAUAUGCGUGCUCAUUAUGAACAAGAUAAUUACGUUUAUGAUAUUUACGCUGUGAAUGAGGAGAUGGACAUAACUGUUGAAGACGCUACAUAUUCUUAUCCUCUAGUUCAAGUUGAUGAAGAGGAUUAUUAUGAUGGGCCCGAAGAGUCAGAUUGCGAAAGUGAUGACUCAAAUGCUGAAAACAAUCCAUUGAAUGAUUAUCCGGACGAGAUAUCUGAAGAGGAAGAUGAAGACAAUGAAGCUUCCGAUAAUGAUUCAGACGAAUGUGAAAGCAAGAAUGCUAGUGAUGAAUCAUCAGAGGAGGACUUUCGUCACGUUUCUUCGAAAGAUGAUACUGAUCUAUUAAUUGAUGAGGACUUUGAUGACGAUUAUGAUGCAGGUAACCACGAUGUUGAUGGCGUGGAUGGUAACGAAGAUUUGAGGUGGUCUUGUCGAUGAGUUGACUUUAGUGUUUUCUCCUUUUUAUUUGGCACAUCCAAACGGUAGUCCGGUCCAACGUAACAGUACAGAACAUCAAAUUUGGUGUUUACGGACGAGUGUGAAAAAUCGUAGAUGAACAGAUUUAGAACUCAUGAGCAUGUCUUGGUUGGAGAUAGGUUUAGCUCUGCCAUGUUAUUGCGCCGAAAAGGAAAUGCACUUGAUUUGCUGUUUUGAACUCACAUUUCCUACUUUUCUACGCUAUAAGACAACAUAUCUACACUGGCCGUUUAUAUGGGUAA